AUGAAAGCAGCUUCAAGUUGGUCAGUACCUAACAUCGUUUCUUCUAUCUUAUUUACCAAGAUAAUUUUGAUUCUGUUUUCUUCCCCUCAGUUCUGUUUCGCUAGAGAUAAUAUAACAGAAAAAAGUAGACUUGCAGAUGGAGAAACUCUUGUUUCACCAGGAAAUGUAUUUGAACUGGGGUUCUUUAGCCCAUCAAACAUCUCUAACGUGAAGAGAUAUGUGGGGAUAUGGUACAUCUCCAAUCCAAAACUACUUGUUUGGGUUGCCAAUAGAGAAAAUCCAGUUCCAGACAGGAUUGGAGUUUUAUAUGUUGCAGAUGGCACACUGAAGUUAUCCGAUGGGAAAGGGAACCUAUACUGGUCACAGCCUGGGGGUAAGCGUUCGACUCCGGUGAUGAAGCUUAGCGAUACCUGUAACUUGAUUCUACUUGAAAAUCGGUCCAAGUUAUAUCUUUGGCAAAGCUUUGAGCAUCCGACUGAUACAUUUCUUUCUGGUAUGAAGAUGGACCCCGAAUUCUUAUUAACUUCAUGGAGCAGUAAAGAUGAUCCAUCACCGGGGAACUUCACCUUCAAACUAGAUCCUCAUUCGCGGUCUGUCCUCAUGGAAAAGAGCACCAUUUACUGGAGAUCAAGUAGAACAAAUGUUUCAACAAGUGAAGUGCCUUCUAGAACAGUAUAA